CGCAUUCAGCUUCGAAAGUAGAGUCUUUGAAAGGUUGGCCAAUGGAUAAGCCUUUAGAGAAAGAUGGUAUGGAAGAAGUCAAUGCGAAGCAAAAGAACGCUAAAGCUGCGAAAGACUCGGCCAUUGUCAACUUUGGAAUUUUCAAAGAGCUUAGCGGCCAUUAAAUUGCACAAUAGACCCUCCAAAAUAAAAAAAACACUUUGGUUUUCUUGCCAGUAUGCGCCUACACUAUUUCGCAGUUGCGCGUCGACAGCUGCUCACAAGCAGUACCUUACGACUUGCCAGCCAAGCAGGCUUUAAGGCUGCUCCUCGGCGAUUCAACUCCAGUACAACAGAACCAUUGAAGGAAUCUCUGUCGCCGCUUGCAAAGCAUUUACACGAUUCCAUGAAGAUCACAGGUCCAAUCACCAUGGCACACUAUAUGCGACAGGUGCUGGUCAACCCGCUCAGUGGUUAUUAUAUGAAAGGAGACGUUUUUGGAACAGAAGGAGAUUUCGUCACAUCGCCCGAGAUAAGUCAAAUGUUUGGUGAGUUGGCAGGAAUCUGGUACCUGACAGAAUGGCAUCGAUUGGGCAAACCCUCCAAGACACAAUUAGUAGAGUUUGGACCCGGACGCGGAACGCUUAUGGAUGACAUGCUGAGGGCUAUGGCCAGAUUCCCAGAGAUGUAUAAAACAAUUCAAGGGGUGCAGCUUGUCGAGGCUAGUCCUGGUCUACGCAAAGUUCAAAGAGCAAAGCUGAUUCCUGGGUCGCAAGAAAGCGAUGUCAAGCUCAUAGAAGACUCUCAAAGUGGUCACGUUCAGCAGUGCAUUCGAAGUGACGGUAUUGCUAUCAAUUGGUAUGAUGGUAUAGAAGACCUCCCGGAGGUUUGGUCUAUGAUAAUGGCACAUGAAUUCUUUGACGCUUUGGCCAUCCACACCUUUGAGAAAACCGACGAAGGCUGGCGUGAAAUGCUAGUGGAUUUCGACGAUACAAACGAAACAGAAUACAACUUUAGAUUGGUUCGAUGUCCUCAGGAGACCAAUGCCAGCAAGACUUUAACGCAAAACGACAUGUUCAAAGACUAUAAGACAGGCGAUCGGAUAGAAAUUUCUCCCGACAGUUGGGAAGUGAUGCGAAAAAUGGCAGAGUUAGUGGAUCGCAACGGAGGAGUUGGAUUGGCCAUCGAUUACGGCCAGGACUAUGCUCAAGGUCACACCUUGCGAGCCAUUCGACAGCACAAGAUUGUUCAUCCAAUGAGCGACCCUGGAUCGGCUGAUCUUAGCGCAGAUGUAGACUUUUUAGCUUUGAAAAAUGCUGCGAAACCUGUGUCCAGUGUCUCGACUUACGGCCCAGUUACGCAAGGACAAUUCCUUCACAGCUUAGGUAUUGAAACCAGACUAAAAGUGCUUCUGAAAGGCGCUAAAACCCGCGAGCGAGCACUUGACAUGAUCAAAAGCUACGAAAGAUUGGUGAAUCCAGAAGAGAUGGGUCAAAUUUAUAAGGUGCUUGCGUUCGCUAAUAACGAGGACAACAGCAACGUUCCAGUUGCAUUUGAGACCUCACCCAGCAAGCAGUAGUAGAGUCACAAUCUUGUUAUUAUACACUCCUGCCAUACUGUUUAAUAGAUCAUUUUACAUAACCAUGAACUCUUUCCUCUACUCUCACCUUCAUUGGUGGUGGAAUCCUUUAACCUG